AUCGGCACGACUGCCCCUUCUUGCAGUAGGAGCUCUUGAAGAAGUAACAAUCCACAGUCUUUCAAGGAGGUAGCCGUCUAGGACUGUGACAACAUACCAGAAAUCGGAUGCCUGAAUACCGGAAGACUACCUCAAGCAUGCUUCAGAAGAUUAUGAAGUCCAAGUUGUCCAGUCCACAUGCCAGCUUAGGCAUUGCCAGGUUUCUCAGGUCCCCGGCAAGCAACACAAGGCGCUCCAGACAUCCUCAUUUCUUGGUAACCAGAUAGGAGGUCUUUCGGUUGGUGCCCUUUUGAGUUAUCUGGAGUACUUUUACGACUUCCGG